UCUUGCGUGUUAAUUGUUUAUUAUUACAGAUUGCCACAUUGUAACUUUUCAGCAGGCUAUCAACAUUGUGAACUUGAGAAGGACUUUUUCUGUCCUACACCGCCACCUAGCCUACGGUGGUUGAAGGUUCACGUCAGUAGGGGUAUGCAAUACUGUGGAUGCAAUUUUGUUUUUAAAUGCAGCAUUUAGGGGAAAAUUGAAUAGUCAAUAGCAUAGUAAGGAGAAUGUUAUAAUAACUGCAGCUCUACAAAGACAAAAAAAAUGAUAAGAGGUGAGUGGAGAUAUGUGACGUAAUCUUUGUGCGUCUCAUAUGCGCGAUACCGUGCACGCGCGUGCACGCCCCACUACUGCACAUUGGCUAAAUGUCAUGACUCCUGUAUCAAUAACUUAAUUAAUUGCCGUUUAUGAAUAUAGUUUCCACGGUGACUGAAAAGUUUAUGAAAUGUCGGGCCUCACCGCUGGAAUAUUGUCGCGCCAGUUAAGAAAAGGACUUGCUGCUUACAAGUUAACAGCUGGCGUCUUUUCUCAAAAUGCCAGAAGCUAUGCGGUCAUUCCACCUGCACUGGGCGACGAGGAGAAGGCAUUGCUUGAUGCAAUGCUGCGGGUGGACCACGCAGGUGAAUACGGUGCAAACCGCAUCUACGCUGGGCAGAUGGCUGUACUAGGAAGGUCGCAAUCCCGACCCCUGAUUCAGCACAUGUGGGAUCAAGAGAAAGUACACCUGCAGAAAUUCAAUGAAAUCCUGGGUGAGAACAGGGUCCGACCAACAGCACUUCUACCCCUCUGGAACGUCGCUGGCUUCGUGCUUGGGGCCUCCACUGCCCUGCUGGGUAAGGCGGGAGCCAUGGCCUGCACGGUGGCUGUGGAGGAGAGCAUCUCCGAGCACUACAACAGCCAGAUCAGGGCACUCAUGGAGAUCGACCCUGACAGGUACACUGAGCUCCUGCAGCUCAUCUCCAAAUUUCGCGAUGAAGAGAUGGAUCAUCAUGACAUAGGCCUGGAGCAGGAGGCAGAAUCGUUACCAGGAUACCAGCUUCUGAAGGCAGCAAUUCAAAUCGGAUGUAAGGCAGCAAUCUAUGCUUCGGAGCGUAUCUAAGGGCAGCUGUUAGUCCCUCACAAUUCAACAGGCCAGCAGCCAGAUUCAGAUGCCUCUUGAGAAUCAUCCUGUGAGUGUUAAGUGUGGAGAAAUGGAGCCCUCUUGUGGUGAACAGACGCGGUGCACGUGCAGGAGGCUCAGCUACGCUACGCUACACUGCUCUACUCUACUCUACUCUACUCUACGGUGCAGUGCUCUGUUCAGCCGCCCAGACCUGGGGGCCUGGGAGUUUGAUGGAUUGACCUGUAAGCUCCGCCAGUGUUGCGGCGUCCCUGGAGGCUGGGCCGCUGUCCUGGCCUUACAAGCCUGCGCUAUUUUUCCCGGGAUGAAGUCACCGCCAUGUUUUUAAACUCUUGAGGGUUACGUGUCAGAUCAGACCCUAAAAAGUGAGCAAGCAGUAAGUGUGCGUGUGUGUGAGAGGUCAAGAGAGAGCGAGUAAGUCAGUGUGUGUGUUUGUGUGUGCGUGUGUGUGUGUGUGUUUUGCGUUUGAGUAUGUUUGUGUGUACGUACGUAAUGCGUACGGGUGCUCCAGUUGCCAGAAAUAGCAGUGUCACCGGCACCCCCUACAUGGUCAAAACUACUAAAAUGAUCGAAGAGUCCCGUGUGUACUAGGGCCCAGCCCACCGACCAUCUCUGCAUUCUCAAAAGGCGGUGGGGGGGAUAGAAGGUCACAGUCAUCAUCCACGUCGACUUGCAUCUGGACAUUGAUUUAUAAAGGAUCUCCUGUAACUAACAUCGUCACAAUUUGACACCGUCCGUCUUGACGAUGUUGCGAAAGUGACACACGAUUUGGUUUACGUGUCAUUUAAAUCAUUUUUUUUUUUACCAUCUACAAAAAGUUAUGAGGAGGGAGCCUGGCGCUGAAUGAAGAUGUUGUGAUGCAAAAAAGCCCCAGCGAAACUUGCAGGCAUCAUUCCAUACAAAUAUAAACACUGACUCACUGUGGCCUACUAAAUCAACCCCCUCCUUUUUAUUACUCUUGCAAAACAGUCUAUAAAUUAUAAUCGGAAGGCCGUGAUACGCUCAACUUUAAUGUUCGGAUGCUCUAAGGUUUAAUGUUCAGAUGGUCUAAGCUUUACAUGUACAUGUUCGGCUGGGCUCAUGAUCAAAGCGAGAAAUGACCCAUAUAAGCCACAAGGGGGGUUGUGUUAGGGAAUGAUGGCCAAAAUUAGAUGUGUUUAUGCGAUUAACUGAUUCCCUUUUACAAGCUGUUAAUCUGUGAAUAUGUUGCAGUUGGUGGUGUUUGAUUAGACCCAAAGAGAGCUCCAUAAAUAAAAUAUGGCCACAGUGAGUAAUUACUUACAGGCAACAAUAUGUUUUGUGGGUGUGUAUUUUUAUCUGCUGAUUGUUUUAAAUGUCAGCGUUAUAACUUAAUCUCCACAACUUAAACGUUGCAAGCCCCACCGUUUCUAUGAAUACAGCCGAGUCCUAUAAACAAAAUAAAUAUGGCCACAGUGAUUGGCUAAAGGCAACAAUAUGUUUUUUUUUUGGCCUUCUGUCUGUUUUUGUCAGCAUGUAGCGCAACAUCGCUUCUUUAUAAUUUCACCACUUUGUUUUUUGCCUGACUGUCUUGUCUUUUUUUUUUAUGUCAGCAUUACAACUUAAUCUUCGCAAUAUAGCAUUGCAAGCCCCACCGUUUUUCUUUAAACACAACUUGCUUUAAUAUAACAUUCCUACAGUCAUAGUCACAACACCUUUUAUUUGUGUGUGUGUGUGUGCUCUAUAGUCAUGGGGUGGGUUGACAAUGCUCAAAAGCUCAUUGGCCAACCAUGUGACUUUCAACAUGUUGUCUUGUGUGAUGUGUGGAUCAUUAAGCCGUCCAAAAGGCCUCAGAGAUGAUGCUGUGAGGCGAGCCGAGCGGCUAUAAAUUGACCCCACACUGGAGAUAGCCGCUCUAAAUUAAUAGUGUUGACAGCUUCAUAGCGUGAUGCAAGCCUUUAAAAAAAGCAACAAGUGUAACAAAUGCAUUUUUGGCACCGUGUUGGGUGACAAAAUUACCGUUAAGAUGAAAACAUGAGUGAUGACUAUGUAGCUAUCUAGGUGUUAAUACCCGCGCGCCGUAAAAAACGGUGUUGAACUUCAGCCACUUAAUUGAGGGGGUCUUAUGUUUGGUUUGUGUAAGGCUCGCUAGCAUGACAAAAUCAUUAAAGGUCUAGUGUGUGAUAUUUUCUGGUACUUUAUUUCCAUAAGUUGUGCUGCUCAUUCACACAUUUAUAAAUAUCUAGGCCUACUUAAAAUUAAUAUUGAUUUGUCUGACCAGACUUUAACUUUCAGCCAUCUGUUCAUGUAUGGGUGAAUUUCAAAGUUUAAUUUCCAGGCUGGGAUGAACGCUUACAAAUUGAUGGUGGUCGUAUAUUCAUGACAAAUAUUUGGAUUUUGUGAAUGGGCAGCAUAAACUGCUCUAAAUAAACUUCUGAAUAAUUACACAAUCUACUUAGAUAUUCAACAGCACAUGCUGUACAACUUUGUAAACAUCCCAAUACAGUUCUUUAUUUUUAUUUAUUUUUUAUUAUUAUUGUUAUUAUGAAGUGACAAACACCUGCUUUAACAAAAAUGUGCUUCUACUCUUCCUUAGUCGACUCUAACUGGAAUCGGUUAAUUUAUCACCCUACCCAAAAUUGCAACACGAAUGUGAGAAACACGAUGAACCAGGAAAGAGGGGGGUUCAUCCAAGUCAGGGUUCUGUGAAAAAUCACGGCUGUGAAUUUCAAGCCCGCUGCCCGUAUAGUAAAUCUACACGAGGCAUAAAACCUUUCGGAUGCAGAUCAAAUUGUUUCUUGGCAGUAGUUGUGACAACUCUCAGCCUGUCUCUGCGGGAUAUGACUGCGGGCCGGAGAUAAAUUCUGCACCGGUCAGACUUUUGUUGACUAAGAUGCUUCUCAAGUGAAAUAUUUAUGGGUCUGCGAAGAACAUGUGAUUGAAUAUUAGAAUGAUAUGACGAAGAUGUGUGUGUGCGUUUUUUUUUUUAAAGAUGAAUAAACAUUCUGAUGUUGCUUAAUACUGUGCUGAUGUAAUUGUUUAGUUUUUGUUCACAUCAGAUCAUUUUCAUUUAUGUUGUUUGCAACAA